AUGGCAAAAAGGUUGGCAAAUCCUGUGGCCGUCCAGAGUGUAACGACGUACCAUCCCCACCUCUUUGCCAUCUGCCAGCAGACGGCUCGCCCGCCGCCACCCUGUCGCCGGCCCCGUCGCUCCCCCGCCCUGUCGCCGGCCGCGUCACUCCCCCGCCCCAUCGCCGUCGCUCCCCCGCUCCGUCGCCGGCCCUCCCCGCGCCGUCGCCGGCCCUCCCCCGCCACCCUGUCGCCGGCCCCGUCGCUCCCCCGCCCCACCCACGCCGUUGCGGCUCUCCUGGCCGUCGUCCUCGCGCUGGCGUCCGGCGCGGCGUCGCAGGCGCCGGCGGCGGGGCCCGCGGCGCCGGCGGGGGACUGUGGCUCUGCGCUGACGAGCCUCACCGGCUGCCUCCCCUACAUCUCGCCGGGGUCCACGCAGGGCAAGCCGCCCAAGGAGUGCUGCACCGGCGUCAAGACCGCGCUCGCCAGCCCGGCCAGUGUCGCCUGCCUCUGCGACGCCUUCGGCAAGGACUACGGCAUCCCCAUGAACCUCACCCGCGCCAAGGGCCUCCCCGCCGCCUGCGGCGGCAACCCGACUGCCCUCAACAACUGCAGCCUGAAACUGCCCGGCGGAGCCCCUAACGGCGCCCCUACUGAAGGUACUGAAGAGAUAAGAGAAACUAAAGAAAAAAUUGCAGACACAUUGAGGUUAACAUCAACAUCCACAAGCAUGAAUCGUCCGCCAGGAAAACAGCAAGCAACACCAGCCCUUCGUCAACUCUAAUAGUACUGCUUUGUUUCGUCGCUAUGAGGGUCUGGUGUUCGACGACCUCCCCGUGCGUUCAUGCUAACGAGACAUUGCAAAUGAUCUUUAAUUUGGUGCAACAUAACUCCCGACAAGCAUCGACGUGUGCCAUUGGCGCGAGCAAGAACCCUGAUCCUCCUCCGUCGGCCACUACCGCGAGCAAGAACCUUGAUCCUUCACCUAUGGGUUGACGAUUUGCUUCAGAUCACGGAAGCUUGGUUUGAUGGAGUGCUUGUCUUUAGUUUUUGUU